AUGGUAGAAAACAGAUGCACCAAACAUUUUCCAAAAAAAUACAACUCAGAAACAACAAUUGAUGAAGAAGGGUUUCCGGUAUACAAGAGGAGAGACAAUGGGAGACAAAUCAAAAAGGGAAAAGCUACACUAGACAACAGAUUUGUCGUACCAUAUAAUAGGGAUCUCCUGGUCAAAUUCCAAGCUCACAUUAAUGUGGAAUGGUGCAACAGAUCUAGGUCUAUCAAAUACCUAUUCAAGUACAUUCAUAAAGGAGUUGACUAUGUAGUUGGAUUACUCAAGGAAAACACGUCAAAAAAUGAAACUGACGAGAUCAAGAAAUACUUAGAGAUGAGAUACAUAUCAGCAACAGAGGCAUGCUGGAGGCUAUUCCAAUUUGAUCUCAACUAUCGAGAUCCGCCCGUUGAGAGGCUCAAUUUCCAUCUCGAGAAUGAACAACAGAUUAUCUUCCCAGACUCUACCGAUAUAAGAAACAUAGUCAGAAAGGAGGGAGUCAAGGAAACUAAGUUCACUGAAUGGAUGAAUGCAAAUAAACAUCACGAAGAAGCAAGAGAAUUGACAUAUGCAGAUUUCCCUAAUAGAUGGGUAUGGAAAGCAAAAGAAAAAAAAUGGGAAAAGAGAAAACAAGGAUAUGCAAUAGGAAGGAUCUACUAUGCACAUCCAACAAGUGGAGAAAGGUACUACCUCCGGAUGCUGCUGAACACUGUCAAAGGAUGCACGUCAUAUGAAGAAAUAAGAACAGUGGCUGGAGUUGUACAUGCAACAUUUAAAGCAGCAUGCCAGGCCAUGGGUUUUCUUGAUGAUGACAAUGAAUGGAUCGAGUGUGUGAACGAAGCAGCUAACUGGGCUACUGGAACCCAAUUAAGACUGCUAUUCGCGACCAUUUUGUGCCACUGUGAAGUAACUGAACCAAAAAGAUUUUGGGAGUCAACCUGGGAGGCAUUAUCCGAAGACAUACAACACAAGAGAAGAUUAAUCCUAAACUUCCCGACACUGCAGUUAACUGCAUCUCAGAAAAAGACAUACACUUUGAUUGAAAUAGAGAAGCUGAUGCAACAAGCAGGAAGGUCCCUAAAAAAUUACCCAGAUAUAGAAUUGCCAAAUGCAGAUGAGCUACAAGAACUUGGGAACAGAUUGAUAAAUGAAGAGCUAAACUAUGACAGGGACAGCUUGAAAGAAGAACUACAAACAAUACUCAAAAACAUAAAUCCUGAGCAAAAAAAAGCAUACGAUGCGAUAAUGGAGUCGGUAGAAAAUGGACUUGAAAAGCAAAUAUUUGUCGAAGGCCACGGUGGUACAGGAAAGACAUACCUAUGGAAAGCCAUUACAACAAAGCUACGAUCUGAAGGAAAGAUAGUACUUGCUGUGGCAUCAUGCGCUAUAGCUGCCUUACUAAUACCAGGCGGAAGAACAGCACACUCCAGAUUCAAAAUUCCACUUAACAUAACAGAAGAAUCCACAUGUGAAAUCAAACAAGGAACCCAUCUCGCAGAGCUGCUAAAGAAAACCUCAAUAAUUAUUUGGGAUGAAGCUCCAAUGGCAAACAGGAAUUGCUUUGAGGCACUAGACAAAAGUCUGAGAGAUAUACUCAGAUUUACAAACCAGAACAGCAAUGAAAAGCCAUUUGGUGGGAUGACUGUUGUGCUGGGAGGAGACUUUCGACAAAUCUUGCCGGUAGUCCCCAAAGGAAGGAGAGAACACAUAGUCAGCGCUUCAAUCAAACGUUCAUACCUAUGGAACUAUUUCGAAAUAAUCAAACUGACAAAAAACAUGCGGCUCACCUGUAUGCCUCACAACACAGAAAAACAAAAGGAAGUCAAUGAAUUUGCUGAGUGGAUACUGAAUAUUGGUGAAGGCAAAACAACAUCAGAUGAAGGAGAAGAGUGGAUACAAAUUCCAAGGGACUUGAUUCUAGAGAAAGGAAAUGACCCAAGAGAGACAAUCGUAAACAGCAUAUAUCCAAACUUGCUGUCCAACUACAAAGAGCCAAAAUUCCUAGAGGAAAGAGCGAUAUUAUGCCCAAGGAAUGAAACAGUCGAGGAGAUAAAUGAAUAUAUAAUGAACCAAAUAGAAGGUGAGGAAGUAACAUACCAUAGCUCGGACAGCGUGUGCAAAGCAUCUACAAACAACAGGAGCAUGAACCAGAUGCAUCCUACAGAAUUUCUAAACAGCUUGAAGUUUCCUGGUAUCCCAAACCACGAGCUUAAGCUCAAAGUAGGCAUGCCGGUCGUGCUCCUUCGAAACAUCAACCAAUCAGCAGGUCUAUGCAAUGGUACGCGAAUGACAAUCACUCAGCUUGGAAACAAAUACAUCGAGGCAAAAAUAAUUACAGGAACUCAUGUGGGAGAAAAGGUAUACAUACCCAGAAUCGUCAUGUCGCCAAAUGACUCAAAGUGGCCGUUCGUGCUGAAAAGAAGGCAAUACCCCCUGUCUGUCUGCUUCGCAAUGACAAUCAAUAAGAGUCAGGGUCAGUCUCUUAACAAGAUGGGCAUAUAUUUAUCUAAACAGGUGUUCUGCCAUGGUCAGUUAUAUGUGGCAUUAUCAAGGGUGACAAAUAGGAAAGGACUGAAGGUUCUAAUCAAUGACACAGAAUGUCCAGGAGAAAAUAAAGCCAAAAACAUUGUCUACAAAGAAAUCUUCUAA